AUGGUAAUGGGUAAGGGUCAGGCCCCAAGAGGAACCCAAUAUCGUAAGGCUUAUGCAAUAUUAGUAAUAUUUGCAUUUGUUGUGACUGCAAGUUUAAUACGGGGUCUGUUAAGUGAACUUGGAAACAGUGACGAGUUGGUAAAUGCGGGUGGAGAUUACCAGAAUGCAAAGCAAGACGAUUUGGCAGAUCACAAGACACUACCAGACAAACAAACAAACAAUGAGAAUACGCAAGGGUCUGAAAAUGAUUUGACUGACGGCGUAGACGAUGAUGAAAAUGUAAUAAUAGUAGACGAUGAUGAUAGACAAAUGACAAACGAAGAAGAUUUGGACAAUACCAACGGCAACAAGGCUGGCGAUGCUGGGAAUGCUGGAGAUGCCGACGAUGUUGACAAUAUCGCGGUCAGUGAUAAUCAUUUUUGUCCGUUAACCGCCUGGAUAUACCACAUGUACGAAGUGCGCAUUCAGCUUGAACAGCAUCAGAGACCACGACUAUUAGUUUACGAUCUUGGCCUCCUCCCUUUCCAACAAGACAUUCUCAACAUUCUGUAUGAGCGAGGUUAUGUUGACGAAGUGCGUGUAUUCGAUUACGGAUUAUUUCCCGACUUUUUUAAUGUAAAUGUUUCUCGAGGAGAAUAUGCAUGGAAGCCUGUCAUUGUAGCCGAGAUAGCGAGAGAUUAUCCUGGAGUUGUAUUCUGGCUCGAUUCGGGCACGUUCAUUUCGCCAAUCUUUUUGAGACAACUAAAGCCAAAAUUAAAUAGUGCAAGAGGAUUUUUGUCGCCCAGAUCUGUAGGGGUGCUUGCCAGAUGGACUCACCCAGGAGUAUUUAAAUAUUAUAACGUGUCCAAGUCCAAAUACAGAGGAGUUGGUAAUUGCAACGGCGCAGUCGUGAUCUUUGAUACAAACAGGGUGCAAAAUAUUAUCGAUGAUUGGGAAAAAUGUGCGCGUGUAAAGGAUUGUAUUGCUCCGCCUGGAAGCAGCCGAGAUAAUCACAGACAAGAUCAGGCUAUAUUGACACUUGUGGCAGCGAAUCACAAUUACUUUUGUACGGAGAAGACGAGAACAUUUAGAUUUGCUACACAUCAGGAUAUAAGCUGUCUGAGCAAUAUCGCUAAAUUCGAGCGUAAACAUCCGUUGACGUGGACGCCAACCGACGAGGUUAAAGAGUAUAUAGCGGAAUAUAUCAAAAACUUCUUUGUAUUGCAUCCCGAUACGGACGAUUGUUACAAUCCAUGGACUGACGCCGCGUGUCCAGAUUCACCAGACGUGUAA